CUUCCGGAAGCUCCAACGCUAUUAGUGACGUAUUUGCGUGUGCUAGCAACAUGGCUAACCAAGUCGUUUGUUAAGAGGAGAAAGACAGAAAAACAACACUUUUUUUUUUCCUCCCCCUGGCGUGCUGCGGGGAAAGCCUUUACAUCCUCCUCUUUGUGCACUGUACAUGUUUUUGAAAUGAAGACCGCGUUUCUUGUACAGACUUUUGUCUUUGUGUGUUUUUCGUGUUUAAACCAAGUGGCAGCGAAGAAUUCCGAGGACAACCGUUGCAAAUGCAUCUGUCCGCCUUACCGCGAUGUGGAGGGGCAGAUCUACAAACAGAACGUUUCUCUCAAAGACUGUAACUGUCUGCACGUAGUGGAACCGAUGCCGGUGGAUGGAAAAGACGUGGAGGCGUACUGUUUACGUUGUGAGUGUAAAUACGAGGAGAGAAGCUCGGGCACUAUCAAGGUCACCAUCAUAAUCUAUUUGUCCAUUUUGGGCCUGCUGCUGCUCUACAUGGUCUACCUGACCCUCCUGGAGCCCAUCUUGAAGAGACGCCUGUUCGGACACUCGCAGCUCAUCCAAAGCGACGACGACGUCGGGGACCAGCAGCCUUUCGCAAACGCUCACAACGUCCUCUCUCGCUCACACUCGCGACCCAACAUGCUGAACAAAGUCGAGCACGCCCAGCAGCGUUGGAGGAGGCAGGUCCAGGAACAGAGAAAGUCUGUCUUCGACCGCCAUGUUGUCCUCAGUUAAAGGUGGAGACGUCCCAAAAAAACAAAACAAAAACAAAAACCCAACAACACACUGUGACGGAGUCUGUGACUUGCAUCUCUUCCCUCUUCUCAUUUUGUAGCUGGUACGUCCGUAAAUGUUGAGCUGAAGUACAAAGUAGAUCAAAAAUGACAGCACAAGAGAGAGAUUUUUUUUUUUUUUUUUUUUAAAUCAUUGUUGCACUGUGUUCGAUUUUCACGUGAACUCAUGCACAGAUGCGCCAAGUCUCUGGGGAAUAUACAUAUAUAUAAAAUGUGACUAAUAAAUGCCAGAUAAAUACUUUACAAGGCAAUGAUUUGUUGUGCGGUGCUGGCCCAGCAACAGGUCGGAUCCGCGAGGAUCCCCCUUUGUAGGUUUUACACUCGAAACUGGGCUCUUAUGAUAUGCAAAAUAGUUGCACGUCAACUUAUGAAGGCGUUUGUAAUCAGUAACUCAAUAUUUAAUAUAUUUGACAAUUUUUGCCGAACUCUGAUUCUGGUAUAGAUGAUCUACAGCGAGUCUUAUAAUUUAUCUGUAAAUCUUUUAGUGACAUUUUGACUUCUUAUUUUUUACUGUAUGCGCCCGACGUCCACCAGAGGGAUUCUCUGGUCGGGAAGAGUAGUCAAGUCGGCGCUGCCAAAUGUGAAUUUAAUGAUAGAGUCCGGCAGAGAGACGUCGAAACGUUCCAAUUUAGCGAACGUGAGUUGCUUUUAUCUGGGUCCUAAAUAACAUGUCUCGGUGGCCUCCCGCCGCCGGAGCGACACACUGGAGUUAUCGCGAUGCCUCGGCAAAGUGUUUUCUUAACCGUUGUACGUGUUUGUGCUUACCUUUCAGCUUUGAAAUAAAUGGACGUGAAUAUUGUGA